GCGGACGCCCAGGGCGCAUGCGCGGGACUUCCAGGCGCCGCCGGGCCCCCCGCCGCCAACCCGUUACUCUGCCGCGCUUACGGGAGCCUGGGCGUGGCUUGGCGGACCCCCAGCGCGCAUGCGCAGGACUUUCCGGGCGAACCCGUGGCCAACUGCCUCCAAAUGGGUGGCCGAGCUGGAAGCAGGCUGUAGGCCUCUCCCGGCGGCCAGUCAGUGCCAGGGCGGUGGGCGUGUCCAUGGAAGCCACGCCCCCGGCUGGGCCUGCAGCCGCAGCCUCCUCGGGCAGGUGGAGGAACUCAGCCAUCCCAGGUACCAGCAGCAGGAUGAAGUUCUCCUUUCCUCACAACCUUACUUCGUCCGCCCAGUGUCACAGCAGUGCCUUCAAGAUUCCUGUGUAUGUAGGCAAAGUUUUUGAGCCUUACCCUGACGCUGUGGCAGAGAGAGAGAUGAACGGGCGAUCCGAAAUAGAAGCAGAGAGUGGAGGUGUAGCUGAGGCAUUUUCGGAGGUGGAGAGUGCAAGAGACGUGGAACCAGAGACAGUCAUGGGCCCUUGCUGGUACCAGUGUGCAUGGCUAGGCCGUAUCACUCCCUGGAGCCAGAAAAAGGAAAGAGUGGACUUGCCUGAAGGACACAGGGCUUGUGCAGUGCUCAUCAACUGA